GCGCGCGGGGCGGGGCGGGACGGGGGCGCCGCCGCCAGGAAGGGCCGGGGGUCGGCGGUGGGGUGAGGCGCUGAGGAUGAGCAAGCCCGUGACGAGUUCGACGUACGUGCGCUGCGUUAGCUACGGGCUGAUGCGGCAGCUGGCAGACUUCAUCGAUCCGCAAGAAGGGUGGAAGAAGUUAGCAGUAGACAUAACCAACCCGUCUGGUGAAAGCAGAUACAACCAAAUGCAUAUAAGGAGAUUUGAGGCAUUUGGACAAAUGGGGAAGAGCCCCACAUGUGAAUUACUGUAUGACUGGGGAACGACAAACUGUACUGUUGGCGAUCUUGUGGAUCUGCUAGUUAGGAAUCAGUUCCUAGCACCAGCAAGGCUUUUGCUUCCAGAACCUGUGAGGAUGGCACAAGAAGUUAUGUUACCUCUUUCUUCACAGGAAACCUUGCCUAUACAUGAGAAAGAACUGCCUAUACAGGAAAAAGAGGUGGCAUUUUUAAAACCCAUUUUAGCUCAGAGUACUGAGAAGCAAGGUUCAGCUCCUUCCUAUUUAAAUCAAGAGAACAGCAGCUCACAGUCAAGUAACACAGAUUUCCAUAAUUUUUUGUUUCAUGACUUGGAAAGUGUUACAAAUAAUUUUGAUGCACGACCAGAAUCAGCUGGAGGUAAUAAACUAGGAGAAGGUGGCUUUGGCAUUGUGUUCAAAGGCUACAUCAAUGGCAGAGAUGUGGCUGUCAAGAAGCUCAUUGCUAUGGUUGAUGUUAGUGUUCAGGACCUGAAGCAGCAGUUUGAUCAAGAAAUAAGAAUUAUGGCAAAGUGUCAGCAUGAGAAUCUAGUAGAACUGCUUGGUUUCUCAAGUGAUGGUGCUCAGCCGUGUCUGGUGUACGAAUACAUGCCCAACGGUUCAUUGCUUGACAGACUUGCUUGUCUGGAUGGCACUCCAUCAAUUCCUUGGAAUACAAGAUGUAAAAUUGCUAAAGGCACAGCAAAUGGCAUCAACUUUUUGCACGAAAAUAGUCAUAUUCACAGAGAUAUUAAAAGUGCAAAUAUCUUAUUAACUGAUACAUACAUGCCCAAAAUUUCUGACUUUGGACUUGCAAGAGCAUCUGUAACAUUCACACAAACAAUCAUGACUGAAAGAGUUGUUGGAACAGCAGCCUAUAUGGCACCUGAAGCUCUGCGAGGAGAGAUAACACCUAAAUCUGAUAUCUUCAGUUUUGGAGUAGUCUUACUAGAGAUAAUAACAGGUCUUCCUCCAGUAGAUGAAAACAGGGAGCCACAGCUACUGUUAAGUAUCAAAGAUGAAAUUGAGGAUGAGGAAGCAACUAUUGAGGAUUAUGUUGAUGAAAAGAUGAGUGACUGGGCUGCACCUUCAGUUCAUAAAAUGUAUUCAGUUGCUGAGAAGUGUCUGAAUGAGAGAAAAAACAGAAGGCCAGACAUUAAGAUGGUUCAAAAGCAUCUACAAGAGAUAAAAAUUUGAUACAUGUUUCUUCUGGUACAUGUUUUUUGAAAUGGAGGAGAUAUCAAUAGCAAAUAUUUUAUUAGUAUUUAGUGCAACAUUAUCAGCUUUUCUGUUUUCCAGAACUUUCUGGUCUGCAUGUAAGGGGUGCUGUUGGCCUGUCACUAUUGUUAUUUUUGUUGACUGAGCAGCGUUUUCACACACCCUUAGCCGCUGGACCCUCAACAUGAGAGAACUUUUAUUUUUUUGUAUUAACACAUUUUUUAUAUUAACAAAUGGCAGUGCUGCUACAUUUUCUCCACAGCCUUUUUAAGUGCAUUUCCAUAACAGAAUCUAUUUAAUUCUUUUGAUUUCCAAGUAUCAGCUAUGUCUCCUACAAAGGUAUAUGACAGUAACAGGGUAGUAACUGGUAGUGUUUGUGAACGUGACUGUUUUUCAAAAAGUCUUUUCAGGAUUAGUUUUAGUCAAAUAAGUGCUGCAGGACACACUGUACAUUGUUCCUUGCUUUCAAGGAUUCACAAGCAAAAUCAUUAUCUUGCAGUGCAAAUACAAAGCUAGAUACAGCUUUCUUCCAGCGAACUCUAUAUGAUGACAAACCAUUUAAUUUUUGUUCAUAGGAAGACUCCUAGCUACUUUGAAUAUUUUACACUUAGGAGAAGAUUCCAUAUGGGUUUUAAAUACAGAUGGUUUAUUUUCUUAAAGGGGACAGACUAAUAAUUCUGGUAAGCCAGAUUCUUCCAUUUUCCUUAGUCAAAUAAUUAAGCUUGUUUGUGUAUUCAUAGAUAUCUAUGUAUGCUAAUAAAUAAAUAAAUAUUAAAAUAUACUUUUUAAAAUGACAUGGAAAGCUUUCUAAAAUAGAAACAUUGACAGAUCAAAGCAGACUAAAAAUGGAACAGAAGUGACUAGUGAUAUUCCAAAUACUUUGGACUAAGUAGGUAUGAAAAUACUACCAUUUCAAAUAAAAGAGGUUAUUUUCAUAUAAACCUUUUUUGCAACCUUAUGAACUUUUAUGUGAUGGCUUACAGCUGAAUUGGAAAUCCAUGAUUAUCAUAGGAAAAGGAAACUGAGAAACUGACUACAUUCAGGGAUAUAUAUAUAUCUCUCUCUCUCUCUCUUUGUAGAAAGCAUGUGAUUUCUAAUGCUUCUAUUUUUAUUAGUAGGAGCUCUGUCUAUUAGCUCAUUCUCUGUUGCCUUUUAAAAUUGGUAAGUUAGUUUAGAAAAAGGUAUCCACCUAAACAGCUUCUAGUGUUAUUGAGCACAAGUUGUAAAAGGUUGUUAACAUACACAAAAACUCUGCAUUAUGGUUGCAGAUGAUUUUUUCUGCUAUUAAAACUUGGAGCCUUGGAACAAUAGGAAUUUUAGGUUGCUUGCAUUUCUGAUGAUGACGUUGUGCUAACCUCACUGCUUGGAAUAAAGCUGUACUUAUGUGAACCUGGGCUUUUGGAAAGAGAAGCUGCUAUAAAGCUAAAUCAAAAUAAAAUCUGUUUAAGCUAUUCUUCAGUUUUAAGCAUCUGCAGCUGUUAAGAAAUCUUAACUUACUAGGUCACUUCUGCUUGUUAGUGUUCUCUGGAGCUGGGAUACAUCCACAGUGUUGCCCUGAAGUGUGUUUGCUGUAGUAACUCCCCAGUCAGCACUGUUGCCCUGCAGUACUGUAGAACAAUUUUGUUUAUGCACCAGCCAUGAUGUUUUAAGGAUUAGGAGAAUCAAAUUGUGUUCUUGUUCUUCUGUCCUACUAGACCAUGACUGCUUGAAGUGCUGCUGUCAACUGAAAAUGAAGCAUGUUAGCUACCAUUUCAUGCAAGUGAAAAAAUGUUUCUAACUGAUUUGCUGCUAUUCUAGUGAGGAAUGAAAGUGUGAGGUGUUAAGUCAUUAGGUAAAACUAGCUAACUUAUAUGGGAACUUUGUUUUAAAAUACACAAGGUGCAAAGAGAAGGAAAGUAGCCGUUUCCAACGUAACUGAUUUUCUCCAAUCACAAAAGCCAGGAACUCUGUUUCUGCCCACCUCCCUUCUUAACCUGCAAUCACUUUUUCUAUCCUGCCUUCUAAUCCUAUAAGAACUGCCUGUUACUUACACAUCAUGAUGUUGGAAUACAGAUCUUUGUUAAAGAGAUUGUAAAAUGAUUCAGACAGCACCAAACUAAAGCAUCAAUCUUUAUUUAUAAAGUAAAUUAGAAAACAGAUACAGUAAACUUAGUUAAUUUGAGCAUCUGAAUUGAGUUGAAUUGAAUUGAGCAUUUUCAUUGAAUAUAUAGAUACCAUAAAUCAAAAAUUGUGUUGGUCAAUGUGUCUAUUGAAGUAAGAGAGCAAUUAUUACCUUGACUAGUUUUACAAACCACUGAUUAGAGUCUUUUAAAACAUCAAAUUCUCUCUACCUUGCAACAUAAACAUUCUAAAAAUUACUACCUUUCAUGUUAGUUAACAAGUACUUAAUAGUUUGUUAGUUAACUCCAAGCAGAUGCAUUGCUCCUGGGCUUUAUGAAGGCCAACAAUAACUUUGAAUGGACACUUUCAAUUAUUAAAUUAUCAGAGACAGUAAAAGAGUAACUUUCUUUAAUGCCCUCAUUUUAUGCUGGCUCUGACCACUAAGUAACAAUAGUGUGUUAUGUGAGGCAACUAUGCAGAUGUAAACGUGAUAAAUCUCACAAAAAGAUCAGAAGCUUCUUAUUGCUUUGUCAGGAGAACAACUACAAGAGCCCUGGAGAGGCCAUUGGCAGUGCAAGACUUCAUAUAAUUCUUUUUUAGGGAAGAGGUGAGUGGGAAACAUGCUCAGGACAUUGCUGUCUUCUGGCUGAUCAGGGGUUUGUACACCCCCACAUAGAAUAUUUUCAAGAUAAUUUACUAUGUCUGGUCUGGGCCAAACUAUAAAGCAGCUCCUUAUAAACUCCCUCACAUAAUCACUUAACCAGCUCUCACCAUCCUCCAGAUUAAGCUUCCUACCUCCUACCCUCAUCUCCCUAGGGUAGGAUUAGGGGAAAAAAAAACAAAACACAACAUGCACUUAACCUUGUCAGGUCAAACUGUUCAUUGUCUAAAACAUUUGGUACUAAAAAACUGAACUUCUCUAAUGGCUCAAGUAAGUGUAAAAAAUGUACGUGCACUCUUGGUAUGGCUGACACACAGGCAGAAAUACUAAAUUCAAACAACCCUCUAGCAGUAAUUUUUAACUGCUACACUAAAAGGUUUUCCUUCAAAAACAAAACCUCCAAAACCCAUACCCAAAGUGAAUUACAUAUGCUGAAAAGAUUCAGAGUUCAAAUAAAAAUACAUUUAAUUACAGUGCACAGUGAGCCACACGUUAGUCAUGUUUAAAACACGAGGACGCUUGCCUGACAGGUAGUACAUUGAAGAAACAUUUCAAAGACCAGCUCCUUGCCCUAGAGGGAGAAGGCAGGAGGCAGAAAAAGAACACAGUAGCUAAGGGCAAGCAGGAGAUUAGUUGAGGAUCAAGAGCUAUCAAAUUGGAUGGAUGUAGUGUAUGAGAUUAAAUGAAAAAAGCUGAGGUGUCGAAUUUCUACUGUAGAUAAAAAAACCACAGUAAAACCAACUAUUGCAAUCUUCACAUUAUAUAGUGCAAUCUCAGAUGUCAAUAACAGGCUAGUAUCUCCAAACAAAAUAAUAUAUAUUAAGAUAAAACAAAUUUUAUCAGGAACUAAUAGUGUCAAAGCAUAAUUUUCCCUACAAAACUAGGUUAAAAAUCUACCUUCCACCAGGUAAACACAUUAUUCAGCUAUAUAAUGUGUACACCCAGCAUCUACAAUAAUAUGCAGUGAACCAGGACUUGCAAGUCCCACAAAGCUUUAAAAAAACCCCAAUGAACUCAAAAAAGCACAAAGCUCACAUAGAAGACACUAAAAAGCAAGUCCCUACUGGGGAAUAUAAUCUAUCCACUAGUAUUGGCCUCAUUACAGUAUUUUAAAUAUUUAAGGUCAUCCAAUACUUAAUUUCCACAUCUAAUUCUCAUUUAAUCCACUUACUAAAAUAAUCUAUUUUUCCUUUUCCUAUUAAACACAUUACUCAUGGUUCAAUCAAGUUUAGACUAUUCUGGCUGAUUUUACUCUUGGAGAAGGGGAAAAAAAACAACAAACAAAAUCCUAACCAGGUGCUGGCAGCAGUUACUCAAGACCUAGCUGGAUUUUGUUACAGAUUUAAGUUGCUAUUAAAGUUCAAACAUUUCUGAAAAGUAAUUUUCAGAAUACUUUGAAAGUUAAAAUUGCAGUUGAUACUGCAAAUGGACUAGACUCUUAAGAAUAACCAUUAUGAAGCAGAUCUAUUCCAAUUGUUCCUAAAUUUACAGUUUUAAUCCAAGUGCACAGAUAAUCAAUUAUUUAUUAGAAACUUCAAGCAUAUUGCUUUGAAAGCAGCUCCAUAAUCUACUGAGUAUACUAACUCAUGCACUUUUAAUAACCAUUUACUUGGUCAUUCAGUACUUAGUAUGUAAGGCUUACAAGUGGUAUAGAAGUCUGGAAAAGCUAUAGUGGUUUGAUGUCAGAUUUCUUUAAAAGACAAUUCCACAACAUUAUUCAUAAAUUUGAAAUUACCAUGCUUUUGCAUGGGAAAAUAUCCAGAUAUUUCUGAACACAUUAUAUGAUGGAUAAUUGAAUUUAGUUUAUGCUAUUAAACAAAACAAUACAACUCAACAAUGUAUCAUGUCAAAACCAGAAGAAAAGGUGCUGCUGUACUACUCUGCAUAACAGCUACAAGGAAAAAUAUAUGUGGGACAAUGCUAUAUACAUCUUCCAUCUCUCCUCACACAGUAACUCUUGGGGGUUACCUCAACAGUACCUCUUGGGGGUUAACUCAAUAGGCUACUCAUAAGAAUACAGGUUUGUUCUCUAGCCAUACAGCUGUAACUUAGAGAAUACAGCAGCUUAACAGUCUUAUGUUUGCAAAGUUUAUGAUCACAGAUACAGCUAUUAAAAAUGCAUUCUAAUUUAAAAUAAAGGUGCACUAGCUUAGUUUUCCUCUUCUAGAUUUAAAAUAACUAGCUCUUCCACAUGUUGUAAAACAUGGCCAAGAAAAAUAUAAUCAUGUAACAAUAUAAAAAGUGUUGAGGUCAGAAGAGUAAAAAGAGCUGCUUUUUUUUCCCUAGCAUCUAUAAAUGGAAUGAUUGCAGUUCAUUACCAAAAGCAACAAUUUCAUUUCUUACUGUAAUGCUUUAUAACAAACACAACAGUUUCUAGUCACUAUGCGUUUCAGUCUCUGCUGGACCUCUAAUCAGUCUUCGUGUUCCCCUCUUCCCUGCAGGACCUUUUGGCUUAGCAAAAUUUUGUUUGUGAGCAUGUUGUUUUGGAUGAACCUCUUCAUAAAGGAAGUCAGCAGUUAACUCAUCACCAUUAUCUAUUUCAAUCUGUGAAAAAACCACAACGUUUAUAAUGUUAAUCUUAAAGCCAUAUUUAACAACAUUUUAAACAUUUGCUGAAGCUCUGAAUACUGUAUUAAAACUGUAUGUGCAAUAAAGUUCAGAGUCUAGCACGAAAUGUUCUCCAACUUGUGCCUAAUGUUCUCAGCAAUCUCAGAUGGUUUUUCUGAGAAUCCACUAUAGUCUUACCAGUAUUACUAACUAGGAGUACACACUCCAUGCAUAAACAAGUACUUAUUUACUCCUCUGUAAAGUAAUUUCCUUAAUAAAAAAUAAGAAAGCAGCAUGUGAUCUUUCAGAA